AUGGUCAACCCCACUGUGCUCUUCCAUAUCAGUCCACAGCGAGCCCCUGGGCCCCGUCUCCUUGGAGCCGUUUGCAGACAAAGUUCCAAACAGCAGAAAAUUUUUGUGCUCUUAGCACCAGGGGGGAAAGGAUUUAGUUAUAAGGAUUCCUGCUUUCACAGAAUUAUUCCUGGGUACAUGUGCCAGGGUGGUGACUUCAUAUGUCAUAACGGCACUGGUGGCAAGUCCAUGUACAGGGAGAAGUUUGAUGAUGAGAAUUUCAUCCUGAAGCGUACAGUUCCUGGCAUCUUGUCCAUGGCCAAUGCUGGACCCAACAGAAAUGGUUCCCAGUUUUUCAUCUGCAUGACUAAGACUGAGUGGUUGGAUGGCAAGCAUGCGGUCUUUGGCAAGGUGAAAGAGGGCAUGAAUAUUGUGGAAGCCAUGGAGCACUUUGGGUCCAGGAAUGGCAAGACCAAAAGAAGAUUCCAUUGCUGA